GGAAAGCGGAAGCGGCGUGCAGCACGUGGGGGCGGUGCCGGCGGAGUCUCAGGUCCCUUCUGGUUGUGCCGGGCUCCUAGCGGCUGGAGCAAGAACGGAGGUUGAAGACUGCCUGGCUUCCAUGGAGGCAUCAGUAGCAGAGCAGCCGAGCUCACAGCCCCCGCAUCUCGGGGACCACUACAUCCAUGACGGCGACUUCGUGGUGCUGAAGCGAGAAGAUGUGUUCAAAGCAGUGCAAGUCCAGCGGAGAAAAAAAGUAACUUUUGAAAAACAGUGGUUCUACCUGGAUAACGCCAUUGGCCAUAGUUACGGCUCAACGUUUGAAGUGAGCAGUGGAGGAAGUCUUCAGCUCAGGAAGAAGCUGGAAGAGCCCACAUCAGAGACCAAAGAAGCGGGCACUGAUAAUCGAAAUAUAGUUGAUGAUGGAAAGUCCCAGAAACUUACUCAAGAUGACAUAAAAGCUCUGAAAGACAAGGGCAUUAAAGGAGAGGAAAUAGUUCAACAGCUAAUUGAAAAUAGUACAACAUUCCGAGACAAGACAGAGUUUGCCCAAGAUAAAUAUAUUAAAAAGAAGAAGAAAAAAUAUGAAGCCAUCGUUACUAUUUUGAAGCCGUCUACUCGUAUUCUUUCAAUUAUGUAUUAUGCAAGAGAACCUGGAAAAAUUAACCACAUGAGGUAUGAUACGCUAGCCCAGAUGUUGACAUUGGGAAAUAUCCGAGCUGGGAAUAAAAUGAUUGUCAUGGAAACGUGUUCAGGCUUGGUACUGGGUGCCAUGAUGGAACGAAUGGGGGGCUUUGGCUCCAUUAUUCAGCUGUACCCUGGAGAUGGACCAGUUCGGGCAGCAACAGCUUGCUUUGGAUUUCCCAAGUCUUUCCUCAGUGGUCUUCAUGAGUUCCCUCUCAACAAAGUAAACAGUCUCCUCAAUGGAACAUUCUCUGCUGAAAUGCUGUCCUCAGAGCCUAAAGACAGCACACCAGUUGAAGAAAGUAACGGUGAGCUUGAGGAAAAACAGAUAGCUGAACAGGCAGAUGAAGACAACAUUGCAGAUGCCCCAGAAAGCAACACGGGAGAACAGAGACCGAUGGAAAUUGUUCCUGGGGACCCAGAGAAUAAGGAGACUAAAGAAAAAAGAAGCAAAAGAGAUCAUAUUCAGGAAAAACAAAGGAGACAAGAAGAGCAGAGGAAAAGGCAUAUGGAGGCUGCUGCUCUGCUGAGAGAAAGAAAUGCAGAUGGUUUGAUUGUGGCUAGUCGUUUCCACCCCACUCCCCUGCUGCUGUCUUUGCUGGACUUUGUAGCCCCGUCAAGGCCGUUUGUGGUCUAUUGUCAGUAUAAAGAGCCUUUGUUGGAAUGCUACACAAAACUUCGGGAAAGAGGAGGAGUCAUUAACCUGAGGCUGUCUGAAACCUGGCUCAGAAAUUACCAGGUUCUGCCAGACCGGAGUCAUCCCAAAUUGUUGAUGAGUGGAGGUGGAGGGUACCUUCUGUCAGGAUUCACUGUUGUCUCAGACAGCCUUCGAGCAGACCCCAGCCUCAAGUCCUGCACAGGCACUUUAGACUCACACAAGCCUGAGGAGCCAGCAGCUAAAAAACAGAAAUGCAUGGAAUCUGCCUCUUUACUCUCAGGAGAUUAAUGUUUGCUCCAAGGCAUUCUGCAGCUGAUAAUUAAACUUUAAGAGUCAUCACUAAAGUUUUUUCCUUGUCCUAAGAGUAUCUGUGCACCUGUUCCUGGGAAGAAGUAGCCUUUCGUUUGCCUCUGAUGCAGAAGGAUCAGUCAGGGCUGCAACUCUGAUGGACGGUAAUGGACUGGUACAGCAGCUCUGGAUCACUGCAGACCCAGUACUUAAAGCAUCUGCAGAUACCUUGGGGAUGUCAACACCUGGAAACUGUUGAUGUGUAAGUCUUUGUUUAUAUUUUAAGCAAAGAUGAAUACUACGAACUAGCUAAAACCUGGUGAGCAAUGGAAGGGAAUUUCCUCUCACCCACUCUCUUUCUCCUAAGCAAUAUGGAUGUGUGAGCCUGUGAGAUUUACAGUACCAAAAAUGUCUACCCUGUGCCCUGCAAUGGAAGAAGCUUUCUUUUAGAUACUAGAUUUUGUUAUUUUAAUAGUCAACGGCCUGAGGAAGAUCCAGGUAUUUCUCUUCCUGCCUCUCCCCUUUUCAGUGCGUAGAACGGUCUGGUGGGUGCUCCUUUGCAGUGAAAGCUUCUCCUUUGUUCUGGAUGAAGUGAUUAGAACUUCUGUGUACUAUUAAACGAUUGGGUUUUUCCCUGUCUAGACACAGGCACACAGAAACGUAUGUCGGUGUUGGCAUAUGUACAUACAUAUAGAUGUAUCCAUAUGUCAGCAUGGACGGAAUGUACUCCCUGUGGUGGGAUAGAGAAUGAAUACAUGUUGAUUUGAACUGUGGUAAAGACUUGUGCGGGACAGCAGCUCUCGGUAUGUAGCUGUCACUCCUUGUCAAGUGUGUUUCAAGUGCCUUCUGGGGAUUUCUCACACUGGUUGUAUAGAUCUGCUGGCGUGAGGUGGGUGUCUUUAUCUGCUCUGAAAGAAGUAUAAUCAAAUUCCUUUACCAUCUCCAUUGUAAGGAAUAAAAAUGUCUAGAGUAAUUGAAGACUCUUGUCCCCUUGAGAGUCUUGUCUUAUGCAGUGGGACACGUGCAGUGUUCCUGUCAUCCUAGAAGCCUGGCCAGCGUGGGGCAUCUUGGAAGAAAACAGUUGCUUUCCUCAUAGCUUGUGCUGUUCUGAUAAAGGCCGCUGUGUUUACCAACUUUGCUUUUUAUUCCUUUGUCUCUAAACAGUUGCUUUUAAAGAAUAAAAUUUUCCUACUCUGAGCC